CCAUCGCUGCCAGCCAGUGCAGAGCUAGAAGAUGGACCAAUACACCUUCCCAUCUUCAUUCUCCGGCGGUGACCCAGGAGAUGGGGGUGACCCCCAGAACCCUGCGAAACGGGCGCCCGCUUGAAGGCCCCUGCGGCUGUCUCCGGUUGCCAUGGCGACGCGCUAGGCCUGCCCGGAGCCGCGGCUUUUCCCAAACGGAGGGGCGGAGUUGGGGGACGUGGCAGCGGAAGCAGGAGCGGGCCAGUGAGUAGAAAACGCCAUGGCCGGGUCCUGGGCUGGCUUCUCCGAGCAGGAGCUUCGGCGACUCCAGGGGCAGAGCAAAGAUGCACCUCGUGGACAGCAGCAUCGGAUGCCUUCAGCAAACAAACACCGUCAACAUCUGCAACGCAAAAAGCCAAUUCAGCAAAUAUGUGAAGAAGUGGAACUGCCUGAUGGAGCAGCCUUGUCGCCACCCUCGGAGCCGAGGCUUUCUGUGCCCAAACUGAAGAGUUCCUCUCCCCAGGCGUGUCUCUCACCAUCCCAGUCUCUGUCCACUGGAGAGCAACAAGAUACCAAAAAGGAACAGGUGCAACCUGGAUUUGAAAAAUCUUGUAAUGGUGAUCCCUCUACAGAGCCAAGUCAUAAACUGGUGAAAAAGAAAAUGGAAUUGCAGGAGAAGACCCGGUGGGAGAUCCUACAACAGGAGCAGAAGCUGAUGGAAGAAAAGAACAAACGCAAGAAAGCUCUCCUGGCUAAAGCGAUAGCUGAGAGAUCCAAAAGAACUCAGGCUGAAACAGUGAAGUUAAAGCGGAUCCAAAACCAGCUCCAAGCUCUGGAUGACAUGGUAUCUGCUGAUAUUGGGAUCCUGAGAAACAGGAUUGACCAGGCCAGCUUGGAUUAUUCAUAUGCUCGGAAGCGUUACGAUAAGGCAGAAACAGAGUAUGUGGCUGCAAAGCUGGAUCUCCAAAAGAAAACAGAAGUCAAAGAACAGCUCACGGAGCACUUGUGCACCAUCAUACAGCAAAACGAGCUCCGCAAAGCCAAGAAACUAGAGGAGUUAAUGCAGCAGCUGGAAGUGGAGGCAGAUGACGAGAAUCUGGAGCUCGAGAUAGAGGUGGAGCGGCUGCUGCAACAGCAGGAGGCAGAAGCUGGAAAGGGGGCGGCUGAGUCGCAGGAGCUUGCUCUUGUUGGUGUGGAGAAUGCAGCUUUCCGGGCUCCUGAUAAAGGACAUGAGACUGAGGGGCACGCAGUUUUAGAAACAUUAGUGGAGCAGUCCACAAGUUCCCAUAUGAAUGGUGAGGGUCAAACGGUAAACUCUGCUUCAGAAGAAAUGGUGGCUCAGAGUGGUACAUGAACACUGAAUCUGGUCAGCUAACCUUUGCCUGGCGCCACUCUCAUAUUUACCCAUAGAGUUUAGAGGCUUAAGAACAUAAGAACAUAAGAAGAGCCUGCUGGAUUAGGACAGUGGCCCAUCUAGUCCAGCAUCCUGUUCUCACAGUGGCCAACCAGGUGCCCGGGGGAAGCCGCAAGCAGGACCCGAGUGCAAGAACACUCUCCCCUCCUGAGGCUUCCGGCAACUGGUUUUGAGAAGCAUGCUGCCUCUGACUAGGGUGGCAGAGCACAGCCAUCAUGGCUAGUAGCCAUUGAUAGCCCUGUCCUCCAUGAAUUUGUCUAAUCUUCUUUUAAAGCCAUCCAAGCUGGUGGCCAUUACUGCAUCUUGUGGGAGCAAAUUCCAUAGUUUAACUAUGCGCUGAAUAAAGAAGUACUUCCUUUUGUCUGUCCUGAAUCUUCCAACAUUCAGCUUCUUUGAAUGUCCACAAGUUCUAGUAUUAUGAGAGAGGGAGAAGAACUUUUCUCUAUCCACUUUCUCAAUGCCAUGCAUAAUUUUAUACACUUCUAUCAUGUCUCCUCUGACCCGCCUUUUCUCUAAACUAAAAAGCCCCAAAUGCUGCAACCUUUCCUCGUAAGGAAGUCGCUCCAUCCCCUUGAUCAUUCUGGUUGCCCUCUUCUGAACCUUUUCCAACUCUAGAAUAUCCUUUUUGAGAUGAGGCGACCAGAACUGUACACAGUAUU